ACAAGCUUUAACGCAAAUAUCCUAGCUUAACAACUGCGUUAAACGCUUAAAAAAACUAGCAUUGUUUUUAGGCAGCGAAAACUUCAACAUGCAGAGUGAAAAGAUUGGGAGGUUUUCAAGCUGCCGAGGCGUAGCUUUUGAGAUCAAACCUCAUGCAGAUCCAUUUGCUAUCCCAACAAAUUCUUCAAGCAAAAGAAUUUGGUUUCCAUGGGGAACCGAUUCAAAGAUUGUACCUGAUGCUGGAGACCUUAUACAGAGGUCUAUGAGCAAAACCAGCAGCCAUUUCUGUGACCUGGACCUUGAUGACGAUGAAGAUAGAGAUACUUUGGCUGAUAUUGAAGAAGGCCUUGAAGCUCAUCAUGACAAUGAGAAAUUCAAGCCCUCAAUGUCACCAGCGCCUCUUCUUCCACCAGCCGCCAGUAAACGUGAAGAAAAGCCGAAGCCGGCAGCAAAACCAAACCCCAACAGGUUAUCUGUUAUACUGCUUGAUCAAGGGUUGUUCACAGUUUACAAGCGGCUUUUUGUUGUUUGCUUGACACUCAACAUCACCGGUUUGGUUCUUGCUGCCACCGGACACUUCCCAUAUGCCAGGAACAAGGCUGCAUUAUUCGCUAUCGCAAACAUAUUUGCUUUGACUCUCUGUCGAAGUGAGGCCUUCUUGAGGAUCGUAUUCUGGCUCGUAGUGAAAGUUUUUGGCCAUUCUUGGGUGCCUAUUCGAAUCAAAACUAUGAUUACUUCCCUCCUUCAAUCCCUUGGAGGGAUUCAUAGCAGUUGUGGCAUCUCCUCAAUUGCAUGGCUCAUUUAUGCUUUGGUUCUCACUCUCAAAGACAGAGAAAGCACUUCAUCUGAGAUAAUUGGCGUGGCAUCCACCAUUCUUGCACUUAUUUGCCUGUCUGCUUUGGCAGCAUUUCCUCUCAUUCGCCACCUCCAUCACAACGUAUUCGAGAGAACUCAUCGUUUUGCAGGGUGGUCAGCUCUGGCUCUCCUUUGGGCCUUUGUGAUCCUCACUAUCUCUUAUGACCCCAAGACUAAAUCCUACAGGAGCGAUAUCGGCUCCGAACUGGUUAAACAUCAGGAGUUCUGGUUUACAGUGGCCAUUACCGUACUAAUUAUCAUCCCAUGGAUAACAGUGAGACGUGUCCCAGUCAAAAUCUCGUCCCCUUCAGGCCAUGCAUCCAUUAUCAAGUUCCAGGGUGGUAUCAAAGCCGGAAUACUUGGAAGAAUUAGCCCAUCUCCAUUCUCAGAGUGGCAUGCCUUCGGCAUAAUCUCUGAUGGGAAGAAUGAGCACAUGAUGUUGGCAGGUGCAGUUGGUGACUUCACAAAGUCCUUAGUCUCUGACCCGCCAAGCCACUUAUGGGUGCGACAGGUGCACUUUGCAGGCCUUCCUUAUCUGGUGAACAUGUACGAUAGGGUCUUGGUGGUGGCAACUGGCUCGGGCAUCUGUGUGUUUUUGUCAUUCCUUCUGCAGCCAUGUAGAGCCAACGUUUGCUUUCUUUGGGUGACCAAAGGUGUUGAGCAAAAUUUUGGCAAGGAAAUUAAGACCUGGAUGAGUGGACACCCGAGGGAUAAGGUGAUAGUUCAUGAUACAGCUCUCCUUGGACGUCCAAAUGUUUCCCAAAUGAGUGUUGAUACUGCCAAGAAAUGGGGUGCUGAAGUUGUCAUCGUUACUAGCAAUCCAGAGGGAAGUAGGGAUGUCGUCAAUGCAUGCAAAGGUGCUGGAAUUCCUGCCUUCGGCCCAAUCUGGGAUUCUUGAAAUAAUUGACUGUGCAUACUGCAACCUUUAUUUUAAUAAUUUUUUUUUCUACUUUGUAUUUCUGGUACAGAAAACUAAUGUCUGAAUUUCAACUAGAGUUGAAUUUGUUGAUGUUCCUGGAAAGAGAAUUUCAACCCUACCUGUACCUAUGUUCCUGUCGAUUGUGUCAAUGCAAAUCGGUCAUUUAAGAGCUGUCUUAUUCUUCUAGCUA